AUCCAUCGAUUAAAUCAGUGUUCUUGUGAUGAUGGGCGAAAUUGGUCAUGAGCAGCAAUGAAAAGCGUCUUUUCGGCGCCUGGAGAUUACAUCCACUUCAAGUCUAAAGUACCGCUCCAAAAGAUUACAAUUGGGACAAAAAACUCAAAACGGUGGCGGUAUUAUGACUUCGGGCCAAAGGUGAUGCCUCCACUUAUCUGUAUCCCCGGUACAGCAGGAACCGCAGACGUCUACUACAAACAGAUAAUGGCAUUGUCCAUGAAGGGUUAUCGAGUGGUUUCUGUUGACAUACCGUGCGUAUGGAAUCACAAUGAGUGGGUUCUAGCAUUUGAAAAGUUUUUGGAUUCUAUCAAUGUUCACCAUGUACAUCUUUACGGAACAUCAUUGGGAGGCUUCCUAGCUCAACUGUUUGCUCAGCAUCGUCCAAGGCGUGUUAAAUCAUUGAUACUCUCAAACUCUUUUUUGGAGACACGCGGUUUUGCAGAUUCUAUGCCAUGGGCUCCCAUUGUCAGCUUUGCACCUUCUUUUUUGCUGAAGCGACAUGUCUUAAUGGGACUUCAGAAUGGUCCACAUGAACUAUUUAUUGCAGACUCUGUCGACUUUGUUGUCAGCCAAGUUGAGACACUAUCAAGGGAAGACCUAGCUUCAAGGUUAACAUUGACUGCAGAUGCUGCAUCAGUUGAACCUCUGUUGCUUUCAGAUUCAUUUAUCACUCUAAUGGAUACGAAUGACUGUUGUGCCACCCCUCAACAACUGAAAGAUCAACUGGGUGAAAGGUACCCUGGGGCAAGGCAAGCAUACAUCAAGACUGGAGGUGAUUUCCCAUUUCUUUCUCGCCCAGAUGAAGUCAAUCUACAUCUUCAGCUGCAUCUGCGGAGGGUAGGAGUUGAAGCAAGGCCAGAAUUGGUUCCAGGCACUCCAAAGGAUGGUGGAGCAGGGAGUCCCAGCAACAAAAAUGAUGAAAGAGAAGAUGCGGAUGACCCGUCUAAGGAUGUCGGGGGAGGUACUUUAAACCCUACCACAGAAGAUAAUUUACCCCCAGCUUCUGAUGCUACAAAUUCUCAUGAUUUGAAUAACCAGGUCCUCAACAAUGCAAAAUUUCGCAUCCUGAAUCAUGAAUAUUUAACACCACUCCUGUUUGCUCUCACAGUUGUGGAUAAGCAACAUGGAUUGGACAUUGAUACCAUUCUCCAACUUGCUUGUGCAUUUUCAUUUCUUUAUCUCAAUGUGGUGAUGGGGCAUUGUAAUUUAGCUGAAAAAAAAUGUAGGAAGUUCAGGCAAUGUGUGUAAUAUAUGACUCGUGCACUCCGUAGUUUAUAUGUGCUUAUAAACCAUCAACCAUGAUCAUUUUCUCUUGCAAGCAAUUGUUGUACAAUUUAAUUUAGUC